UCGCCUGUAAACCAUGGACAACGCCACCGAGGGCAGCUCCAAAGGAAAGAAAAGAAAAGGUGGCGCUGAACGCUGCAAUCGCGAAGGGCAUCCGGCUGCGGAAAGAGCGGGCCCUAGCACUGUACAAAUGUGGCCAGCCGGACUCGCUGGACGUGGUUCCGUUCGGCGCUGUAGUACCGGCCGGUGGGCCCUUUAGUGCGAUCCGCUGCUGGAUUCUCAGCGGCACCACAACGCCGACCGUUGCCGUGUCGCCAUUCCACAGUAAGCGCAAGAUCCGGCGCAAGAUGUCGCCCACGACGGAGCAAGGGCCAGUGGCAUCAUCGGCCAGCUGUAGCGGCACCAGCAGCCCCACAGUGCAACCGAAGCGAACUGGCAAGGGAUCACAACGCACACAUCCUCGAUCACUCAGGCAUCGCUCGUCAACCGGUGCGUCGUCGGUCGGCUCUUCGACCACCUCGAUUCUGUCCAGCCUGUCGUCCAGCAGUAACAGUGCUGGCGGUGGCCACCAACGACGUCAGCGGCGUCGCAAGCAGCGCAAGAGGGCGCCCACAACCAAAGACAAUUCCCGCGACAUUCCAUCACCAUCAUCAUCGCCGUCACCGCUGCCUUCGUGGUGCACGGAGGACACACCCAGCGAACAUACAAUCGACGGCCCACUGUCGAUGCCAUGGUUCGGAAUGGACAUUGGUGGCACGCUCACGAAGCUCGUGUACUUCGAGCCGAAAGACAUCACGCCCGGCGAGCUGGACCAGGAGGCGACGGUACUGCGCAACAUUCGGCGGUACCUGACUAAAAAUUCCGCCUACGGCCGAACCGGCCACCGGGACAUUCAUCUGCAGAUGGACGACGUGGUGAUACGGGGGCGACGCGGCUCGCUUCACUUUAUCCGCUUUCCCACCUCCGAGAUGCUGAGCUUUCUGCUGCUGGCCAAAUCCAAGGGUAUGGCGCAGCUGGUGACGACGGUCUGUGCCACCGGUGGAGGAGCCUUCAAGUUCGAGCAAGACUUUCGGCGGCUUGUCAACAUGAAGCUGGCCAAGUCCGAUGAACUGGACGCACUGAUCAAGGGCAUCCUGUUCACUGAGACGCACAACAAAUGCGAGUGCUACUACUGGGAGAACGCCAACGAAAUCAGUAGCACGAAGAAGAAGUUCGACUUCAGUCAACCGUAUCCGUUCAUCCUGGUAAACGUCGGUUCCGGCGUGUCUGUGCUGGCCGUCCGCGGCCCCGACAACUACAAGCGCAUCUCCGGUACGAGCCUCGGUGGUGGAACAUUCCUGGGCCUGUGCUGUUUGCUCACUGGCUGUGAAACCUUUGAAGAAGCAAUACAAAUGGCGACGAUAGGUGAUCAUAAGAAGGUAGAUAAGUUAGUUAAAGACAUUUACGGUGGCGACUACGAACGGUUCGGGCUUCCCGGCGAUCUGGUGGCGUCAAGCUUCGGCCAAAUGCACCUGCCGGAACGGCGGAACAGUGUCAGCAAGGAGGAUCUGGCUCACGCCAUACUGGUGACGAUCACGAAUAACAUUGGUUCGAUUGCGCGCAUGUGCGCCAGCAAUGAGAAAAUAGAGAAGGUCGUGUUUGUCGGGAACUUUCUGCGCGUCAAUCCGAUCUCGAUGAAGCUGCUGGCGUACGCGAUGGACUACUGGUCGAAGGGCACCCUGAAAGCGCUGUUCCUCGAACACGAAGGGUACUUUGGUGCCGUCGGUUGCCUUCUGCAGUUCAAUGGAGAAUUGAAUGCACAAAUCGGUGAUCUACUUACCUAGGGGGGUGAUGUCCAGGAAGAGGAAAGGAUUCAUUGAGUGAUUAGACCAAGAGUGACAGCAGAACAGGGGACGCGCAUAUCGGUCAACGGUUUCGUUGGCAUUGUUUUUUUAAAUUAAUAUUAUUUCCAUAAUUAAUUAGCAGGUUGCGUAAGUGCAGGGGUGGAAACACGUGGGGGGUACCUAUAGGAGCUAAGAGCAAAUGGAGGGCAGUGCGUGUACAGCGGUCGGAAUCGCACGUUCAGUUACGUUAGUGUUAUUGUAACGAGUUAUUUUCGUUCUUUGUUUUAUUUUCCCAUUCAUCAAUGGUCCGCUUUUCUCGAUAUCCGUUUGUCUCUUUUCGCACACACGAAGAAUCGAAUAAUUCCAAGUUCAUCGAUCGCGAUAAUCACGAUUGAAAAUCGAGGCGAAGCAAGAAGAGAUCGCUCUGUUAGUUUGUUGCUGUUGGGAUGAUCGUAAUGCUGACUGACACGCGCGCGCACAGUCCGGUGGACAGCGAGAAGAUUCGAAUGCAACGCACUAGGAUUAAGAUUUGCCUCACUCAGUGGACCAGUGCACGGCAAAGGAGCGAGAAAAUGGUGAAGGUGGUCUCGGAAACUGGUGGUUUCGUGUGGAAGUCGCAGUGGAAUAGACGAGCAUGUGUGCAGUCCCCAUGACCGAUAUCUAGUGUUUUAAGUGCAUAAAGAAAAAUCAAACGCAAAAUACGCGGGUGAGUGAGGUUCAAUCAGAGCGACCGGAUGGGCUACGUUAUCGGUGUCGGAUUUUUACUGUCCAUGAAGGUCUUGAAUCGGCCAAUCGGCCCGCCAGAAUGAGAACCAACCUUUCUCUCUCUACCAAAGCUUUUUGGAUAGGUUUUCAAACGAUCGUUCGAUUACAAUCCCACACACUCGUUGGGUUCGUUGUUUUUCCUUUGGCUUAGUAUCGUUUCGUAGGUAAGAAUAGUGUUAGAGUCGCUCGACAGGCACAAACACAUCCGGUUGAUUAACAGCGCACCGCUCCGUUCCCAAAAUGCUGCUUGGUUUAUCGUCCGGUUAGACUUCCCGUCGAAGUUUGCGUUUACUUGGCGUUCGUUUCAAUCGUAAGGAACUGGGGUCGAUCAAACCCGUACUAGUGAAGAGGGCUUCGGUGGACUGGCCUUCUGGAUCUGCGCCACGCCGAAGUAUUCACCAAUCAAGCCACAAAUCUUGCGCAUCCCACGGGAGUAGAUAACAAUUAUUGAAAUCAAAGUGCAACAAGAAAGACGACGAGUAAAAUGAAAAAGACAGUUUUUGAUCGCAUUCGAUCGUUGCUAAACAACUAUUUCCGCUAUUGCUUUACACCGUUGAAUAAAAGCAAAACCAGAAUAUACACAGCGCGUGUGUGCAA